AUGAUCCAGCUCAAAUCAUCCACGCUCGCCCUUGGGCUCUCUCUCCUCGUCUCUUCCACGCUCGCAAAGGAUGGCGAUCUCUCCUCCAGCCUCGUAGGCUGCAAAGAGGUCUCAUGUCCCUUGCAAGGUGCCGAUGACCGCUGCACAGUGGGAGACAAUACCUUCCUUGGUAUCGGACUAUCCCGCAUCCCCGACGUUCCGUCGUCUCUUGAGGGUUUCUCCCUCGUGAAAGGCGUCAACGUGUCAGCUGGUAUGGCCGGCAAGGAUAAUGACAAGGCCACACGCCCUUUCAAGUCGAUCUACUACCUCGGGACACCCUCAGACGUAGAGACUAAGGAUUUGUCCGGCUGUGUUGUUGUCUUCCACGGAGCCCCGUCUAAGAAGUUUGACGGGCCGAAGCUGGAAGGCAAAAACAAUGGGACGGAUACCCGUGCUGCGAGCGGGACCUGUUCUGAUGUCAUUGACAAGACAUGCAUCGAAAAACUUACAGAGAGGGCAACGAAAUUAGCCGAAGACGCUAGUGGAAAUGUCUGUACGACGCUUGAGCGGGAACUGAAGAAGGUCUCUCUCGAUGAGUGCGAUGGGUUCGCGGGUGCAGGUAGCAAGCUUGGAAAUUUCACUGUUGAAUCGCUCGAGGAUCUUAAUACGGUUAAGAAUUCCUCGAACUGCUGGCCUAUCAAGCCCAAAUCGGAUCAACUGAUGGAGAUUGCGAGUGUCACUGCUUUGAAGAACUACACCGCACAGGCUCUCAUUGACGAGGCCUAUAAGAUUACCCCGGUCCUCACUGUUUUCACUGGGAAGGGUAACAGUGGUCUUGUCGACAAGACUGCGUCUCAGCUGACAUGUCUGAAAGUCGUCACUGAAGAGGAUCCCGAGGAUGAUGAGGAUGGUAGUAAGAAUUCGGCGGUGGCCAUUAAGGGAAGCGGAUUUGCGGCUGGCAUUGCGGUACUAGCUGGAGUUUUGGCAUUGUUGUAG